AUGGCGUGUGAGGAUACGGGGUGUGGCAUUCCGUGGGAGGAGAUGCGGUGGGUGCUGGACCCUGAAGGCCAUGGGGAGUUUGUGCAAGAGGAGGAGAUGAAUGCAUACAUCCAGCCAGCUGGUGCCGACAGCAGUGCUAGCGCCACCACACAUGCGCCCACCAAGCACACUUCCGCCUCCACUGCCUUCUCCUCCCUCCUGACCUCGCUGCCGGGGAGGCUGCUCAGGCGUGUGAUGGGCGCAGGGGAUGACAGUGCGUCGGGGAAUGCGCGCGGUGGCAAGGGGUUUCAGGACGCGUGGACGCCUUAUCCUGUGCGCUUCCUGCUGUCUGCGAGCCUGGUGAGCCUCAUGCGCGGGUGCAUGGGCGUGGCCACACAGGACCACGUGGGCUCCACCAUCAUGGUCGCCCUGCCAAUGAAAGCGCGCCACGUGGCACCACCCACAGGAGCAGCAGUCGGGGAGGAUGAGGAAGGGGAGGGGGAGGGAGAGGAGGAAGGGGAGGAGGAGGAGGGGAUGGAGGAGGGGAUGGAGGAGGCUAUGGUAUGGGUGGACAUGAAGUGGGCCACGAGGGAGGUGGUGGAGGGGAAGCGGGCGCUCGUGGUGGAUGGGGAUGGCGUGAGGGCAGAGGCCACAAUCACAGCCCUUAGGUACCUAGGCGUGCAAGCUGCUGUUGCAGGCACACACGAGGAAGCCACGCGGAAGAUUCUGGGACGGCAGCCGGAAGCUGCGUGGCGCAGUGGUGGAAACCCCAAGCCACGGAUCAGCAGCAGCACCGAUGUGGGAGCGCAGGGCAAGCCCGCGAACGGCUCAGAUGCUGCGGCGAGCAAGUCGGGGAUCGGUUUUGGCCGUCGGAUCAAGUUUGACCACCGCAGCCUCGUUCUCUUCCACUCCGCUAGUGCCGCUGCCCGUGCUCCCGUUUCCCCACCUCUCCCCGCCUCUAUCCCUCUCCCUGCGGGGCCGGGCUGUGCGGGUGUGAGCUACGCCAGAGCGCUCGCAGCAGGCUUUGCCGACACGCUCCCCCAGCCCUGCCUUGUUGCCGACCUUGCUCAGUGCCUGCACGCGGUGAGUCCCUUGAUUGCCCGAGUCACCUCGUGUGCCUUGUCGCUGGCGGUGGCUUUGCCGAUACCCUCCCCCAGCUGUGCCUCGUGGCUGACCUCGCCCAGUGCGUGCAUGCGGGCGCUCGCUGGCGGUGGCUUUGCCGAUACCCUCCCCCAGCUGUGCCUCGUGGCUGACCUCGCCCAGUGCCUGCAUGCUCUCUUUGCCCCCAUCGACCAAUCAGACAACCUUUCCGACACCUCCACCAAUCACGUCGCGCCAGCCGACCCCUCCGCCGUCUCCUCCCUCGCCCCCUCCACCCCUCCACGCCCCAAGUCCCCGCAAUUCCGCUCCAAAGCCGCGCUCGGCCUCGUGAAACCCGAAGACGCUGCCGCUUUGCUGAAAGAAAUGCUUAGCGGGCGGGAGGUGAUGGUGGUGGAUGACAACGCGGUGAACCGGAUGGUGGCGAGGAAGACUCUGCAGGGGCUGGGGGCGAAGGUGGAGCUUGUGGGGAGUGGAGAGAAGGCACUGGAAAGAUUGAGCUUAAGCUCCCCAAAUGCAUUUGCCAUGUUGCUGAUCGACCUGCACAUGCCGCCUGGCAUUGACGGGUACGAGACUGCUCGGCGAAUUCGCGCCCUGUUCCCAGCAGAUACUGCAGCACCCGCUGCUGCAACCACCACCGCCACCUCAAGCACCAGCUGCAGCAGCGGUGGCAGCGGUGGCAGUGGCAGCACCACCGUCACCUUCUCCUCUUCCACUCUUUCCUCUGUGCUGAAGCUUCAAUCCCAGCCGUCGUUUGCCUUCCACCCUGGCGGCCUGCCAUUGCUGAAUCUUGACGCUCCAGGAGAGGCUGAUGCCACAGCAGGUGCAGCAGGAACAGCAACAGAGUCUACAGCAGCAACAGCAGCAGCGGUAGCAGAGGCACCUAGCCCGGCACACAGGCAGCUGAUAUUUGCACUGACAGCGGAUGUGGACACGCGGGUUCGGCAGGCGUGCAAGGAAGCGGGCAUGGAUGGCACUCUCUCCAAGCCCAUCGCCCACCAAGAGCUGCUUUCGGCGAUCAAAGCAGCUGGAGUCACUCUGCUGUGA